AUGCAGUUCUCUACCGUUGUCACUACUCUUUUCCUCGCCGGCUCGGCCAUGGCCUGUGCCAACGGUCCUUACAAGACCGGCGCCAGCUGCGGCGGAAACUGUGCCAACGUCAAGCGAUGCGGUGACGGCAACCACAUUAUUCAAUGCCUCGACGGAUACUGGAGAGAGGUCCAGGCCUGCAGCCACUGCAAGUUUGGCUCUUGCGCUUAG